AUGGGUUCAGUUAUUUCUCUAUUGUGUGUCUUGGGAUUAAUAUUCACUAUGGGAAAUUACGUUGCACAUGCACAGGACUCAUCAACCGACUUCGUGAACGCUCACAACGCAGCAAGAUCUCAGGUUGGUGUUUCAAACAUUGUUUGGGACAAUACUGUCGCUGCUUAUGCCCAAAACUAUGCUAAUCAACGCAAGGAUUGUAAUCUGGUCCACUCUGGUGGCCGUUACGGGGAGAAUAUCGCAAAGAGCUACAGCGGAGACUUGAGGGGCACAGAUGCAGUGAAAUUAUGGGUGAAUGAGAAACCGCACUAUGAUUAUAAUAGUAACACAUGUGUUGGUGGUGAAUGUCGACAUUAUACUCAAGUUGUUUGGAGAAACUCAGUUCGUCUUGGAUGUGGCAAAGUGAAAUGUGAUAAUGGAGGAACUUUCAUUACUUGCAACUAUGACCCUCCUGGUAACUAUGCUAACCAAAGGCCAUAUUAAGUGUGUGAUUCAUUUCAUCACUUAUUUAAACUAAGCUAUAGAAAUAAAUAAAACCAGAAAAAAUAUGUAUGUAAUGAGUUUCUGACUCAUUAUUUUAAAUAUGAUGAUGAUAGUUUGAAAAAAUGUUUAUGUGAGUUUAUCAUAUGUAUAACUUGCAAGUUAAUUAAUAUUUUCGGUGUAAGAAAUCAUGGUAUUUUAUA